UUUUGACAGAUGCCUGCCUUUAUGCCUCUACAAAUUAUUCAACAUAUACAGCAUCUGUAUUAGCUGUGCCCUGGUAUCAUAAGUCAAAAUGACUGGAGGUUAUGAAGUGGAGCAGUUUGUGGAUACCCCAGAUGAUGAUCUGAUUUGUGUCAUCUGUAGAGCAGUUCUACGCUGUCCUGUACGACUUAAAUGCAACCAUGUCUUCUGCAAAGAAUGCAUUUUACAGUGGAUGAAAAGACAGGUGAAAUGCCCAUGUUGUAGGCAGCCUAUCGACCAGAACCAAAUGCUGGUUUUGUUUAAGCUGAGUAAAUCCAUUGGCCGUUUAUCAAUCAAGUGUCGAAAUGCACAGCAGGGCUGCAGGGCCACUUUCCCGCUUUCUAACGAGUACCUCCACAUCUCCAGCUGUCUGUAUGAGUGGCAGAUCUGUCCCCAUGAGGGCUGUGGGCAGCAGGUGCUGAGGAAGGACGCGCAGGCGCAUGAUCAGAGCUGCAGCCACUGGCGACAGCCGUGUCCCAUGGGCUGCGGGACGCUGCUCGUCCGUGAGAAUCAGGCCCAACAUAACUGCUACCGAGAACUGCAGCAGCGCUAUGUAGCCGAGCGGCGGCAGCAAAGGGCCAUCGCAGCCAACCUGCGCAGGAAGAUGCAGCGCAUGCAGAGCCGGAUGGCACAAAUAAGGAGGCAGAUAAACCUGAUGUGUGAGAGCCUGGAGGUUGGAGAUCUGGAAAUUGAAGCAGGGGAGGGAACCAGUGCUUGGACUGAUGCUAAUGCCGCCAGUCCGAGCGGCAGCAGACACCGUCACACCAACAGCAGCAGUACAAGAGUCAGAUUUAUAUAGUGUAAAUACCCUUCAGGAUUCAAAGAGAGCAUUCAAGUUCGUUUUUUAUGUGUGCGCGUUUUAUUAAAUGUGUCUUUCCACUUUUAUAGACAUCUUAGGGGAUAGUUCACUCAAAAAUUAAAGUUGUUUAUUCACCUUCAUGCUGUUCCAAACCUAUAUAACUUAUUUUCGUUUGUGACACAUAAAAGAAACUAUUUUGAAGAAUGUUUCAACUGUCCAUACAAUAAAAGUCAAAUGGGGUCCAAAACAACA